UUCGUGCUUGAGUUUUGGAAACCUAACUUGAAGUACUACCUGCAACUUGCGAGUGGGUCGUGGAUGCCAAGCCCGUCACGUCCAAGGUGUGUUCGCUGCCUCAGGCAACAACCAAAUUGCCGAGCAUCCAGGCCCCGUUUUCGAAAACUGAAUGGAAGCUCGCUUUCACGACACUCGAGGUCCCAUCAUCACAUCUGACCAGCCCCAGCACCAUGUUCUCGCGACAGGCAUUGCUGCGUUCCGCGCGGACGGCAGCUCCGCAGCGUGCCCUUCUCGGGCACACCCGCACCUUUGCCGCGCCGGCCUCGAGCGAGAAGGUGAAGCCUCCGGUUGCCCUCUUCGGCCUCGACGGCACCUAUGCCACUGCUCUGUACACGGCCGCCGUCAAGAGCGCUUCCCUCGAGCCUACCGCCAAGGGCAUCGACGCCCUUCACAAGCUGUUGCAGAAGGACCCUAAGUUGGCUACCAUCCUCGAGGCCCCGACUCUCUCGGCCGCCGAUAAGAGCGCCAUCGUGGCCGAGCUUCAGAAAAACAUUGGUGCCGCCGGGGAGACCGUCAAGAACUUCCUCGCCACCCUCGCCGAGAACAACCGUCUAGGUCUCAUUCCCGGUGUCUGCACCAAGUUUGGAGAGCUCAUGAGCGCCUCCCGCGGGGAGGUCGAGAUGGUGGUUACCAGCGCUCAGCCUCUGGACAACAAGACUCUCUCCCGCCUUGAGUCUGCCGUCUCCAAGUCGAGCUAUGUCGGCGCCGGCAAGAAGCUCAAGGUCAAGAACACCAUCAACCCGGACAUCAUCGGCGGGCUCAUCGUCGAGGUCGGUGACAGGACAAUCGACCUCAGCGUCUCCUCCAAGAUGGCCAAGAUGAACAAGCUCCUCACCGACACUCUGUAGAUUAUCCCUCCUUUUUGUAGCAAAAAUCCAUUGAGUUUUGAGCUGGGGACUGGGAACCAGGAACCAGAAACGAGGGGUCCCGAACCACAAUCAGGCUCGCGGUCUAAUUCUAGGAGCAUUUGCUGUGUAUAUGAGCGAAUAGAUGAUCCCCUUUCUCCGUGCUUUUCCUUCGACGGU